GAGAGGAGAGGAAACUACAACAGGACGAGAGGAGAAAGAAAAAAAGAGGAAGAUCUUUUACAAAGUUCUGCGUUAAAUCUCCGACUGAGGAACUUUAACCUCCUCCUGCAGAUCUCCUCUUCGUCAUCCUGUCUUUGUUACAUCCUGCUGCAAGUGUUUCACAUCCCUCGCUUCUUCUGCUGUGUGAAGAUAAUUCCACAUCCCUCCCCUGCAACCGAGGACAUUUUCAGAAGAUAUUCUCCAAACGCCGGAAGGAUCUAAAUCAGACGCAUCAGUUUUCAGCCUGAAUGUUUCCACAACUCGGACAGAGAGCGUGGAGCCUUUCGAUGCAGCGUCUUUAAAGAGGACUGUUCAGUUUUUUCUUUUCUUUUUUCCUUUGACCUCAGGAGGACGCACUGGGAUCGGAGCGCUCCUGGAAGAUCUCCGGGAAGAGGAGGAGGAGAAAGAGGAGGAGGAGGAGGAGGGUGCGUCGAGCUGAGAGAGAGCAUCCUCCCAGCCUGAUCCGUCCUUACACUCACACACCCUCAGCAGCACAUUGCUCCUGUAAUCGUAUUAAAUAUCGAGUAUUUCAGCAGAAUAAACUGCAUUAUCACAAAGUACGAUCUAAAAGCAAGAUUGUAAAACUCACAGAAGUACAACAAGGACCAGACUCAUUAAUCACAGACGUGUUAUAAGUUGUUAAACAGACAUUAAAGGUAUUUUAUAGGGAUAUUCUACGCACACAGACACACACACACACACACCAAGGACAUCCCGACAAGCCGCCGCAGCAUGGAUCUCCCACCAGUCAGAGGUUUAUCUGAUGUGCCGUGAGUGUUGGGAGCACCGUGCCCCAGCCCCGGCCUGAAGCCCUGGUGCCACCCGGCCUGGCUCAGGCUCACCAGGAGGGACCCUGCUCAUUCCUUCAGGAUGGAGCUGGACGGGCUGGACCUCCAGCAGGUCCAAGUGCUGUCGCUCGACCAUAUACGUGCCAUCCGGGCCAACAAUGACUAUGUGGAGAGGCCCGUGGCGCUGGAACCGGCUACCCAGACCGGAUUUUUUUAUGCCCAUGAUGACCGUUACCCUCAUGGAGUAUACACGCAUCACCCCCAGCACUCCUUCCACUCUGCCCUGCCCCGCAGCCAAAGUCAGCAGCAGCACGCUCACCUGUCCCACCUGAGCCGUUCCAGUACCAUAAGCUCUUCCAUUUCUCGGACCAGUGCCACGUCAGACCAGCGGCUACUGGCAGGUUUGACGCCGUCUCACUCUGGGUUAGGUUCAGUGGUCCGUUCUCAACCCAAAGGAGAACUCAAACCCGAUACUUCCUUUGGUAAAGGCCUAACGGAGGACGAGGCCGAGCUCGGCCUUCAUCAGUUCAUCUGCGAGCGCUGUGGUCGCUGCAAGUGCCAAGAGUGCUGCGCCCCCCGCCGCCUGCCUUCCUGUUGGGUCUGUGGACAGCGCUGCCUGUUCUCUGCUGAGAGUGCUGUGGAGAAUUGCACUUGCUUUUGUUGCGUUAAAGGCUUAUUCUAUCACUGCUCCAAACAGGAUGAUGAGGAUAACUGCGCUGACCGGCCCUGCUCUUGUACUGCAGCCCAUGGCUGUGCCCGCUGGGGCACAAUGGGGCUGCUGGCGCUCUGCCUUCCCUGCCUCUGCUGCUAUCCCCCCGCCAGGCUGUGCCUUGCCCUGUGCCAGUGUGCCAACGACCGGGCCAAGCGCCCCGGCUGCAGGUGCAGCAACACCAACACUGUGUGCCGCAAGAUUUCUGCCUCUAACCCCAACUCUGGUCACCCCUCGCUCCGCAGCAAAGCGCUGGAGAAGCCGUUAUGACAGGCUUGGAUGGGGACCAGGUAAAUCCGCUUCUCCUCAGCCGUGGCCAAAGCAACGCUGUCGCCAAUCAACAGUGCCACAGCUGACAUUGUGACGACAAUGCCAUUGUGACCUACCUACCUAGAUAUGACAAGCCAACUAACCAAUCAACCGUGAAGUGUUGUUCACCUAAUGUACCUUGAAUUUACUUAUUCUCCACCUCAGGAGGGACCAAAGCUUUACUGUGCCUGUUCAUAUUGGAGACUUCAAGCCGAAAAACAAAGACUCGCCCUGGAGGAGGAAGCUGUCGUGCUUUGCUGCACCGCCCGUCAACCUGAACCAGGGCUUCGAGACAGAACUCACCUCUCUCUGCAUUCUGUGGCGUAAUGCGAACGUCUUAAAAUCUAUUUAUUUAAUGUUGCACCUCUGUCCUUCUCACCCUUUGCAAAGACAACGCACAGAGACAAGUGAGGCAACAAGUCAGGAUGGAGAGAUGCCUGUGGUGGUGUGUAUGGUCUAUGCCGACAGUUUCUGUCCUCUUGAAUCGGAACAAUCGUUAGAGACGGAGACAUUCCGACGACUCCACAGAGGCUGAAGUCCAAUGAAUGAAGACACCGACGUGGUGCUGCAGAGAAAGUCUGACUGGGACUCUGAGCGAAGCACCGAGGUAUGAAGUGGGAACAAAGACACUUGCAACAACAGUCUGACACCAAAAAGGGACCAUGCACUGUACAAACUGUGUGAACGUCAAUGCUAUUAAGCUCAUUUGUAAAGGAAAAGCACUGUGAGGUAGAUGGACAUGUUUUCCUCAAAAGCCAAGGAGCUGAAUGGGGAUUAUUUAAGUGGAGGGAGGGUGCAUCCAUUGUGACGAGGCAGCGUGUGUGUGUGCGUGUGUGUCUAUGUGUGUGUCCUCCUCCUGUACAACAAGCUGUGUAUUGUAGAGCCUGGGUGUAUGUUGUGUUGUCAGCAGAAGAAGCCUCCCUUGUUGUAUUUUUAGCAGUGUCGCUUCAGUGGAGCUCUCGGGGUCUGGUUGGGUUUCCUCCUGAAGUCAGCCUGUCGCCAGCCUCCCUCCUCUGACCGACCUCCUUCGCCGCCCCCCCCCACCUCCAUCCCUCUCUCCUCCUCUUCCUCCAGCCAACCUAAUCUUCUCCCCUGUUAUCCUCCCAUUGUCAAAUCAAACUCCCCAUCUCACUCUCGUUCAGGCCCAUUAGCAUCCUCAUCCAGACUCAAGGUGGAAAAACACCAGUUUUAGUUUCUCGAUUCACGUUAACACCAACUGAACCAUCAUGGAUGCACAGUGCACCGAUGUUUUCAGGGUCAGUAACUCAAAAUUAGAUUUGACUAAAAUACAUUAAACAGAGAAGGUAACCCGAUGUUUUGAGGAACUGAGAUUCCGAGUUAAGCCGACUGACUCGAGGCGUAUUAUUCCCACACACCCACUAUUUCCCCUCCUGCUCCGUCCGUCUCUCCUCUUACGCUCAGAGGGCUAAAAGCCUCCAGCUCCUGGUCCACCGAGAGUUGAUCAAACAGGCAAUUAGCUCCAUGAUAGCUCUUAAUGGGCCGCAGAAGAAUGGAGCAUGUGGGAGGGAGGGAAGACAGGAUGGAGCGGCGCUGUGGUGUUUGGCAGAGGGGGAGAGAGGGAUGCUGGGAGGAGGAGAGACGAGAAAUCGGAUGAAAGGAAAGAGAUGGAGUCGACGCCGCUGGGAAGUCCGAUGGAGAGCGAGCGUGUUUGACAAAAUGAGGAAUGUGUGUGUGUGACGACUGUCGUUGCAUUUACGGAACUUCUUCAGAACUUCAGGUGAACGGUAAAGUGCAACAUUAGCACUUUGCCAGGAAGGAAGGCUUCAAAGCUGUUAUAACACACACACACACACACACACACACACACACACACACACAUACACACACACACACACACACACACACACACACACACACACACACACACACACACACACACACACACACACACACACACACACAGUCAGGCGGGUGCAUGUGUGUGGAUUUGGAUGAUUUGAAUGCAUGUGGGCUUUUCUGUGCGUGUGCACGUGUGACAGGAUGAGUCACGCAAGCACAGACACGGACACACACUGACCUGAUUUGUUAAAAGUUACUUUGCUAUAUUUUUAUAUGUAAAUAUGGGCUAUUAACUGUAUAACUAUUUUUAUUCUGCUUUACUUUGUUCCCAUGAGAUUGAUAUUAUUACGGCUGUUUUCCAUUAUCGGGAAUAUUUACUUAGUUACUGUCGACUCGCGACCAAUUCAGGAACUUUUGGGGCAACUCAGAAAACUUUGAACAAGGACUUAGGAGAAAAGCCAUGACCACGUCCCUUAUUGUUUCAGACACGUUUAAACACGUUUCAGACCAAAUAUAUGUUUUUAUCAUCAGGUACCAAAACCUCCGAAGCUGCUUAGACAUCAAUCAGGUGAAUUCUGGAUCUUUCAUCUGGUUUAAAAGAACAAAAUCUGGAUUUGUCCAAGAAUUCUCAGGUGCAGCUGAGGUCCUUACACACAGAGGGAAGUUGGAUUUCUACGUCUGCUGCAUCGGACGGUUUGAUACAAGUUAAAACGAAGUGCUUGUCAGAUCAGUUAAAAGCAUCUGAAGAGGCUGCGUCACACAAGUUGUGUGGCAGUGGAUGCCGACAAAGACAGAAUCCAAAAUGUCCCGUUAUCCCCAUUUGUGUGAUUCAUUGCGACGCGCCUCCAUUUCUCCCCACGGUACAAAAGUGAAGCCAUCUUGUGCUUUUCGACGUCAUUCGGAUUCAGAGUCUGUGCAGCAGUGAUCGUGGGGUGUAGCCGCGGUAUCAAGGUCAGGCUCAGCUGUCAAUCAUUAUGUCACGACCCAUCAAAAGUUAUCAUGGAAAUGGAAAUUACACUUGAACAAACAUCAGUGAGAUAAGAACCGAAAAUGACUUUUAAGUUUGGUCCAUGUCCCAAAUUCCAAUAUGGAGGGGGCGGGUUUCAGACCUGUACAGAGAUCUGGGGGUGUUUUAAAAUACAAUCAUUGGUCUGAACACUUUAAAAGUGCUGGGGCGACAUGGACGAAGAUUAUAAAUGAUGCACGAGUUGAACUCCUCCACAUGAUCAAAAGUUUGUGAUUCAUUAUGUCAAAGCGGAAACAGUUUUAUUAUUUUAAAUCAAGCAUUAUAACAUUUUAUUUGCAAGAGCGGUUUAUUUCUUUGUGUUGCUGCCCUUUGGUUUCAGGAUGUGUAAAUGUUGCCCCAAAUGUUUCUGUGCUCAUCACUGGUUUCACAAUGGAGGACACGCUCAACUUUAUUUUCAUUUUGUUUUAUUAACGUUGCAACUUUAUCCACUUUGAGUCUUACCUGUGACUUUAUAGUUAUCAUUACUAAUAGAAGUAUUGGCAAUCAAACAUCAGUAUCGAUGUAAGUGAGGAUUAUUCACCCAGCCCGUCCACAGUGAUGCAGACGAGUGUGAAAACUUUCUCUCAGCUUUUCAUCCGCACGUCCAGAAAAUCUUCAAAACACAGCAAACAAAGUGGUUUUUUUACAAAUGGAGAAACUGAGCUUUUUAAAGAAGAUGCUAACGUCGCCUGUCACGGUCAUGUACGAUAACUCGCUGGCACAUUCUAUACUGCAUGCACGCUCUGUGAAUGACAAUGCUUCAAAAACAGCAGGAAACCCAUGGCGGCCGUGAGCAGAACAACAGAUCAUCAUCUGCAUAUAACUUUAAUCUGUUGUAAUUCUUGUGGUGUUUAAAGACGACGACGUGGAGAAAGAAAGUUUUUAUAUUUAACCUCAUGACUGUGGGCGUGGCCUCUGAUUGGUUCCUCCCAGACGUCUCCUCUUCGUUGAUUGGAUGACUUCAGUCGGAUCUUGGUGCUCGUGGAGACAACAUGAGGAACAUUACGAAACCCGGGUCGAAAGAUGUUGCACAUUUUUUAAACUGGUUCAUCUGUUGUCAGAGCGACUUUGAAUAAAUAUUUACAGUCGCAGCUUGAUCGUAACCACGUUAGUAUGCAAUGUUUUUUACGUACUGCAGAUACGCAGAGUGACUCGUGCAGUGCAUUGUGGGGCACAUGUCAAACAAACUUCCAUUGACUCCCAUGUUUCAUUCAUCUUUUUGUUCUAAAAAGUUUUUUCAGUUUACAUUUUAACCAAAUUCUUUUAAUAUCUUAUAUUCUCAUAAUUUGUUUUAUUUAAUAUUAACGAAUGAAGCACAAGCAAAUGUGUUUUUGCUGAAAUGCGAAUUUAAAUUUUUUUUUUUUUACUAGUUACACUGCAAACAAAACAUCAACAUUUAUUUGGGAUCAAUUCAUUUAAGAAACAAACUCAUCAUAACGAGAUGAAUGGAAAUGAUGAAUUGUUAUUACAAAUUGUGUAAUUCAACGGUUGUUUUGAGGACUUUUGUCCAAAUCAAAGAUCUUUCCCGUGGCAGUGAUAGAGGGGGGUGCAACUUCCACACCUCACCUCCGCUGACCAGAAUAUCCGAGUAUCUGUACGUACACACAAAUCACUCCGAUAUGUAAAUUCUCUAAAUUUCCCCAGAUGUUUCCAACAUUGCUCAGGAACCUGUGUGACGCUGCCUGUGCGCAGGCUGCCACUGUAACACUACACAUCUCCUCUCGUGUCUUAGCGUCGCUUUUGGUACAAAUUGGCAUCUUGUCUGUUGUAAGAGAAUUUAAGGGAGAGUAUAUGGAACAAAUAUAUAUAGAAAAAAAAAAACUAUCUAAAAUGAAUAUAUUAUAUAUGGAACAAUAUGCAUUUCACACUUUCUGUUUCAUCGCUGAUAUUUGCUUCGUUGAUAUUUAUUUGAACGGUUACAACAAUAGCGGGAACACGAAUCAUGGAGGAGGAUGUGGACGAGUGGGGUAUUUAUUUUACAGUGGUCAGAGGAAAUGAGGAGCACCGACCUUGUUGUUGUUGUUGUUGUUGUUUGUCUUUUGGUUUUGUUUCUUCCUCUCAGUGUGGAGCGGCGGCUGCUGCUGCCCUCCUGGCUACAGACCAACCAAUAAAAAGGAAUUUCCAAACGGA